AUGGCCACCUUCCUUCGGCGGCCAGGCAACCUUGCUCGAUUCUCGAGGAGAGCCACAGAAUGCGUCGGCCGUGCUGGGCCAUCCUCCGUGCGACUCCCUCAAUCGAAGCUUUCGUCCCUCAUCACCUCUCACCGAGCCCGAACCUUCGCCACACAAGGCCCCGGUGGCCCGACUCCUCCGGAUGACAAGUCCCGGAAUUCCCAGUCCAGCGGGAAUGGCCCCGAGAAUGAUGGUCGCAAGGAUGAAGACCCGAACAAGUCCGAAUCCAAGUUGACCGAGGCGGAGCAGAAACAGCUGGACGAAUUCAUCAAACACAUCGAGUCCCGAGUUCCGCCCUCGCAGCAUGAGUCUACCCAGCAGGUCCGAAAGCAUUUUAUGAAGAAUGGGAUUCCGUCGGAAUUGAAGGACUUCAUGGGCAAUUACAAGAACGCAUCUUUGAUGGAUUAUCUCCGGAUGGUGCGAUGGCUUUUCAAGUACACCAACCAGCAAGCUGAUAAGAUGGCCGAAGAAGAUGUGCGUCGUAUGAUGAACAAGACCCCGGAAGAGAUUCAAAAGGAGAAGGAACAGCAGCAGGAGAAGCAGAAGCAGGAAGACGAGAAGCCGGAAGAACAGAAGAAGAAAGAGCAGGAGCAAAAGCAAAAGAAAGGAGAUCAGCCUUUCCCUCCACCUGGCGGCAAGGUUUUUGAGUUUCGUUUCGAUCCCGCGUCUUUCCUAGUCACCGCACUUGUCUCAUAUUACGUCUACCGAAGCUUCUUCCCCGGAGAUAGCGGCGCUCGCGAGAUCACCUGGCAGGAGUUCCGCUCAAACUACCUGGACAAAGGUCUUGUGGAGAAGUUGACCGUUCUGAACCGUAGCCGCGUCCGUGUUGAUCUCAACCGCGAGGCCUCGGCUCAGGCGGACUCCAAUGGCCAGCCUGUUUCUCACGUCUUGUUCAGCAUUGGAUCUGUCGAGAGCUUCGAAAUGAAGCUCGAACAGGCCCAGUAUGAACUUGGUAUUCCUAACGGCGAGCGAAUUCCCGUUGCUUAUGUCGACGAAGUCCCCUGGGGUAGCGCUCUGCUGUCUUUUGCGCCUACUCUACUCCUGUUUGCUGGUAUCUACUGGGUCUCACGCCGUGCCGGUGGUGGCGGCGGUGGCCAAAGCGGAAUCUUUGGCAUUGGCAAGAGUCGUGCCAAGAAGUUCAAUCACGAGACGGAUGUCAAGAUUAAGUUCGCCGAUGUCGCCGGUAUGGACGAGGCAAAGGUGGAAAUCAUGGAAUUCGUCAGUUUCUUGCAACAGCCCGAGCGGUUCCAGAAGCUCGGUGCUAAGAUUCCCCGCGGUGCUAUCCUGUCUGGUCCCCCUGGUACUGGUAAGACAUUGCUUGCCAAGGCCACCGCUGGUGAAUCCGGCGUGCCUUUCUACAGUGUCAGCGGCUCCGAAUUCGUCGAGAUGUUUGUUGGUGUUGGUCCCUCGCGUGUUCGCGACUUGUUCGCCAACGCUCGGAAGAACACCCCUUGUAUCAUAUUCAUUGAUGAGAUCGAUGCCAUUGGAAAGUCCCGCGCCAAGCAGAACUUCGGGGGUGGUAAUGAUGAGCGCGAGAGCACACUCAACCAAAUCCUGACCGAGAUGGAUGGUUUCAACACUUCGGAGCAAGUCGUCGUUCUGGCUGGUACCAACCGACCCGAUGUUCUCGACAAGGCCCUUAUGCGCCCUGGCCGUUUCGACCGACACAUUGGUAUCGAUCGUCCCACCAUGGAUGGCCGUAAGCAGAUCUUCCGCGUUCACUUGAAGAAGAUUGUCACCGAUGAAAACAUGGAAUAUCUUGAGGGAAGACUUGCUGCCCUGACUCCUGGUUUCGCUGGUGCUGAUAUUGCUAACUGCGUGAACGAGGCUGCUCUUGUUGCUGCCCGUGAGAAUGCCGACAAGGUCGUCAUGAAGCACUUCGAGCAGGCAAUUGAGCGUGUCAUUGGCGGUCUGGAAAAGAAGUCCCUUGUACUGUCUCCCGAGGAGAAGCGAACUGUCGCUUACCACGAGGCCGGCCACGCCAUCUGUGGUUGGUAUUUCCGGUGGGCCGAUCCGCUCCUCAAGGUCUCGAUCAUUCCCCGCGGACAGGGUGCACUGGGUUAUGCCCAGUAUCUUCCAGCCGGCGGUGACACAUACCUGAUGAGUACCAACCAGCUUAUGGACCGCAUGGCUAUGACCUUGGGUGGCCGUGUCAGCGAGGAGCUCCACUUUGAUACCGUUACUAGCGGUGCUAGCGACGAUUUCAACAAGGUUACUCGCAUGGCUACUGCUAUGGUGACCAAGUUCGGUAUGUCGAAGCUGCUCGGAUACAUCCACUACGAAGACGAUGGCCAGCAGGUCCAGAAACCCUUCUCCGAGGACACCGCUCGCAACAUUGAUAUUGAGGUCCGCCGCAUCAUCGACGAGGCCUACAAGCAGUGCCACACUCUUCUUACUGAGAAGAAGAGCGAGGUUGGCAUCGUUGCCGAGGAGCUUCUGUCCAAGGAGGUUCUCGGCCGCGAUGACUUGAUUCGUCUUCUUGGCCCUCGCCCCUAUCCCGAGUCUGGUGAAUUCGCCAAGUACUUCGACGGCAAGGGCGGCGAGACCAUUGCUCCACCGGAGCCUCCUCAGAACUUCGAGGAGACCGCCGGUAAGGAUGGUCGGGAUGAGACUCCCCUGCCUUGA